AUGGACUUGGCCCGACUUGGCUGCGUCUCGGAUCCAGUCCGCGACCCCCUCGUUAUCGACAGUGCCCUUGACGCUAUUGGGAAUACCCCUCUGGUCAGGUUGGACCGCAUUGCAAAGGAGGAGGGUCUACAGUGCAACAUCCUGGGGAAGGUAGAAUAUACUUCUGCGGGUGGGUCCGUCAAGGACCGCAUUGCGAAGCGCAUGGUCGAGGAGGCGGAGAAGGAGGGCAAGCUAAUCCCUGGCCAGAGUGUUGUUAUUGAGCCCACAUCUGGGAACACCGGAAUUGGUUUGGCUAUGGCGUGUGCGAUUAAGGGAUACUCUGUGAUUAUCACUAUGCCCAACAAGAUGUCGCUCGAGAAGGAAGCUGCACUGCGAGCUUUGGGAGCCGAGGUCGUUCGCACACCUACCGAAGCCGCUUGGGAUUCUCCGGAGUCGCAUAUAGGUGUGGCGCAGCGGCUAUGUCAAGAGAUCCCGGGAGGUAUCAUCUUGGACCAGUACCGAAAUGUUAACAACCCUCUCGCCCACGAGUAUACCACCGGUCCCGAGAUCGUCGAGGCUGUGUCUUCCACCCCGUCCUCGUCAUCUCAUCCCUCUUCUCAGAAGGUGGAUGUGCUCAUCGCUGGUGCCGGCACGGGGGCACAAUCACCGAAGAAGCACAACAAAGACUGCAUCGUCAUUGGCAUCGACCCUAAAGGCAGCAUCCUCGCGUACCCCGACGACUUGAACGCCACCGGCUCCGGCGACGCCUACGUCGUCGAGGGCAUUGGCUACGACUUCAUCCCGGACGUGCUCGACCGCGACCCCGCGACGGUGGACGUGUGGCUGAAGACGACGGACGAGGAGUCGUUCGCCGCCGUGAAGCGCAUCAUGCGCCUCGAGGGCCUCCUCGUCGGAGGCAGCAGCGGCAGCGCGCUCAGCGGGGCGCUCCGCUGGUUGCACAGCGACGCGGGGCGCGGUGUCGCCCAGACGAAGGGUGCGAACGUUGUCGUCCUCCUUCCUGACGGCAUCCGGAAUUACAUGAGCAAACAGUGGUUCCUCAAGAUGGCGCUGGAGGCCGAGCCCACGCCGCUUGCGGCGCGCAUCGCGGACGUCCUCAAGACGUCGAAAAGCGAGGUGCAGACGGGCAUGGAGCUCCCCAACGGCGCUCCGGAUAAGCGUGGGGUGUAG